CAUAGCUAUCCCCUCAUACUGCCUUCCUUGCACAGUUUCUCAAGCCAAGUACAGACAACUUGGCUUCUAAAACGAUGAUGGAUGAGCGAUCUUGGGCUCAACAAACAGUCGAUAGGUUCUUCGAAUAUCGUCAAUCUCCGACCCAGUUAGACUGCGAUGACUACGCUCGUAGGAUCACAGGUGCUUCCACUGUUCAAGAAGUUGCCAUUCCGGGCUCAUUGAGCUACACAAUUCUCUGCACAGAUAGCUCAGAGGAGCGACGAGAUCUGAUCGUGUCUGUUCGACAACAAGAGUCUGCCUUGGACCAAACAGUCAUUGAGCUGGCAAGAUUCAUCCACGGCGAUCUGGUACAAGAAGCUACUUUUCACAGCAAAAUGCCAGGUUCAGACCCACAUUUGCUCGUUUAUACAAUGGCCUGUUUAUCAGGUAGUCCCUGCCUACAGUUAUUCAGCACUGAAACUGAGUUGAGCCCCAAAGAAGAAGCCAGAUACAUGUGCUUUGUCAAACACAUAGCCAGUACUGCCGUUUGGCAUGGAACUGGACACUCUGCUACUAUCCACUGGUUACAUGAUCUCAGCGGCUGGCACAGUUAUACGUGCCGUGAACGCAUGAUCAGUUCCUUUUGGGAUGAAUUCUGGGCCCACUGUCGUGCUUUUGAUGAGACACGUCAGCACGAGAUUCGUACCAUGUCGAUGCAAGCCACCAAGAUCGGCGCAGUGAUGCGCUACGCUGGAAUGCGUAGUGCUGAUGGUUCCCCGUCCGAGGAGCUGACAACGUCUAACUGGGCCUUAAAGACUCUCAAAACUCUGCUAUGCUGCUGAAUCUUUCGGAAGAUCAGAAGGCUAAAUAUAUACACCACCCAGCAUAAUAUUGCACAUCUCCAUGAGUAUUGCCCGACGGAGUUCGAGUAGUUCGAAGAGAAAGCCGGAAUAUGAGAGCAUGCCUCACCAGGAAAAAUCCCUGUUCCAACGCUCCAUCCCGAAUUCUCGCCGUGACAUUUUCACGCUGGAAUCUGGCCCUCCAGCUCACGGCAAAUUCUCUGGGGACAAACCUUCGAUUUAUAAAUAAAGUCGUGUCUGAGGGUGGUGCUUGAGCGAUUGUGUAAUUGUUGAUGUCUCAGGUUAGCCGUCGGACCUGAUCUCUUCCUGACAGAAAAGCGAAUUGAUGUACCAGAUCCUCCUAAAGUGCAUUGGCCUAGAUGGUCAAAGCUUUCUCG